CCCUCCAAUCAAUGAGCUGGUCUCCCCCGAAAGGCGCGUUCCCGAAAGCAGCGGAGACAAGCAGGGGAGUUGAUUCAAAAGCGGUUCCUUAUACAAUUAAUAUAGUAACUUGUAAAUCAGCGUUAACAUGUCUGAGGAGAAGCCAAAGGAUCCAGUUAAAACUGAGAACGACCACAUUAACCUGAAGGUGGCUGGCCAAGAUGGAUCUGUUGUCCAGUUUAAAAUUAAAAGGCACACUCCCCUCAGCAAACUAAUGAAAGCAUACUGUGAAAGACAGGGUUUGUCAAUGAGGCAAAUUAGAUUCAGGUUUGACGGUCAGCCAAUCAAUGAAACCGACACACCUGCACAGCUUGAGAUGGAAGAUGAAGACACUAUUGAUGUAUUUCAGCAGCAGACCGGUGGCACGUGCUAAAGCUACAUCUCCCUUCUUCCAGGGGACUGCAGACCUUGAUCAGACCCACUUCACUAAGCUGUCUUUGACAUUUUUCAGAUACAUUUUCUGAAAAGGGCAUUUUGCAGUUAUUCUUGUUUUUAAUCCCCGGGUGCAUCAUGGGUACCUGAUUUGGGUCUGGUUUGGACAUGAUUUGCUAGCAGAUAAAAAUUGUUUGUACAAGAGGAGGGGGGCGCUGUCUUACAAUUUACAUUUUAAAAUGGGAAGACUAUUUUUGGGGGGGAGGGGGGGUGUUACAAUAGAUUAUUUAAACUGUCAUCAUGGUGCAUUUACAAGGUACAGACAAGUAUGACUUUUUGUUUCUUUAUUUGUUCUAUUAGAAUAGCCUUCCCCAUAAGCCCUAUACUUUUGUAGGGGUUGACUCCAAAACAGGUUAUUGUUCCAGCAAGAUUCUAAAAUGUGCUUUUUGAAAUCCCACAUAGAAGGCAGUGUUUUACACUUUGGGUAGUCCGUAAUAAUUUCAUGCACGCCAGGGUGCAGUACUUUUUUUAAAACUUCCAGUAUUUCUGUAGUGCUUCGCUGGAACAAUAACCAUAUACAAAAGGAUUAAGCGUAUAGCAGCGUAAGGGAUGCCAGAACCACACUCAAUCUAAUGUUGCUUUUCCUCAACACUUGCUAAAAAAAAAAAAAUAUACAAGAAUUUGUUUUAAUGUUAAAAAAAAAAAAUAAUAAUUAAAAAAAAAAUAUUUGGUCUGCAUUUUGAUAUCAAACCUGAUCAAGAUUUUUUUUUUGUGUGGGGAGGGUGACAUACAUAAAGCAAAAUAAUAAAAAGCCUCAUGUAGACUGAGAUGGAUGUGUUUUUUCCUUAUUCCUUACCUGUAUUGUGGCAAAUAAGUGGGUGUUUGCUCUGCCUUGGCUGCAUAAAGGCAUUUCUCCAUUAACAUGACUUUUCUGGUCCAAAAGAAAGUUUCACCAGUAGAUUGCAAUCUUGUUAAGGAAAACAUUUUAAUUGUAUUUCUUUCUGCAUUUUCUUUUUCAUCAGGGUAGAAAAUUCCACUGAUUCUGUAAUGUUUCUCUACUGAUUUGUACAUUUUAUUUGUUGUCCUUUACUACUGUAUACAAUAAAUAUAGUUUGGUACUCAGA